AUGACAGAGUCUGUGCUUAAUGUACAGACACGUCUCCCUGCAGAUGGAGUAGAAGAUAUUUCUGUAGUGCUGGUCUCAAAUAUAGGACUGGGUGUAGUAGGGACCACAGAUGUUGUGCUGGCACCAGGUGUGGUAGAAGCUGAAGGUGAUGUGCUGGCACCAGUUGUGGUGGCUGCAGGUGUUGUGCUGGCUUCAGCUGUAGUAACUGCGGGUGAUGUGCUGGCUCCAGCUGUAGUGACUGCGGGUGUUGUGCUGGGUCCAGCUGUAGUGGCUGCAGGUGAUGUGCUGGCUCCAGCUGUAGUGACAGCAGGUGUUGUGCUGGCUCCAGCUGUAGUGACUGCGGGUGUUGUGCUGGCUCCAGCUGUAGUGGCUGCAGGUGAUGUGCUGGCUCCGGCUGUAGUGACUGCAGGUGUUGUGCUGGCUCCAGCUGUAGUGGCUGCAGGUGAUGUGUUGGCUCCAGCUGUAGUGACUGCGGGUGAUGUGCUGGCUACAGGUGAUGUGCUGGCUCCAGCUGUAGUGACUGCAGGUGUUGUGCUUGCUCCAGCUGUAGUGACUGCGGGUGUUGUGCUGGCUCCAGCUGUAGUGACUGCUGGUGUUGUAUUGGCUCCAGCUGUAGUGACUGCAGCUGUAGUGACUGCAGGUGUUGUACUGGCUCCAGCUGUAGUGGCUGCAGGUGAUGUGCUGGCUCCAGCUGUAGUGACUGCGGGUGAUGUGCUGGCUCCAGCUGUAGUGACUGCGGGUGAUGUGAUGGCUCCAGCUGUAGUGACUGCGGGCAUUGUGCUGGCUCCAGCUGUAGUGACUGCAGGUGUUGUGCUGGCUCCUGCUGUAGUGACUGCGGGUGUUGUACUGGCUCCAGCUGUAGUGACUGCGGGUGAUGUGCUGGCUCCAGCUGUAGUGACUGCGGGUGUUGUGCUGGCUCCAGCUGUAGUGACUGCAGGUGUUGUGCUGGCUCCAGCUGUAGUGACUGCGGGUGUUGUGCUGGCUGCAGCUGUAGUGACUGCAGGUGUUGUGCUGGCUCCAGCUGUAGUGACUGCGGGUGUUGUACUGGCUCCAGCUGUAGUGGCUGCAGGUGAUGUGCUGGCUCCAGCUGUAGUGACAGCAGGUGUUGUGCUGGCUCCAGCUGUAGUGACUGCGGGUGUUGUAUUGGCUCCAGCUGUAGUGGCUACAGGUGAUGUGCUGGCUCCAGGUGUAGUGACUGCAGGUGUUGUGCUGGCUCCAGCUGUAUUGACUGCAGGUGUUGUGCUGGCUCCAGCUGUAGUGACUGCUGGUGUUGUAUUGGCUCCAGCUGUAGCGACUGCAGGUGUUGUGCUUGCUCCAGCUGUAGUGGCUGCAGGUGAUGUGCUGGCUCCAGCUGUAGUGGCUGCAGGUGAUGUGCUGGCUCCAGCUGUAGUGACUGCAGGUGUUGUGCUGGCUCCAACUGUAGUGACUGUGGGUGUUGUGCUCACUCCAACUGUAGUGACUGCAGGUGAUGUGCUGGCUCCAGCUGUAGUGACUGCGGGUGAUGUGCUGGCUCCAGCUGUAGUGACUGCGGCUGUAGUGACUGCAGGUGUUGUGCUGGCUCCAGCUGUAGUGAUUGCGGGUGUUGUGCUGGCUCCUGGUGUAGUGACUGCAGGUGUUGUGCUGGCUCCUGGUGUAGUGACUGCAGGUGUUGUGCUGGCUCCAGCUGUAGUGGCUGCAGGUGAUGUGCUGGCUCCAGCUGUAGUGACUGCAGGUGUUGUGCUGGCUCCAGCUGUAGUGACUGCGGGUGAUGUGCUGGCUCCAGCUGUAGUGAUUGCGGGUGAUGUGCUGGCUCCAGCUGUAGUGGCUGCAGGUGAUGUGCUGGCUCCAGCUGUAGUGGCUGCAGGUGAUGUGCUGGCUCCAGCUGUAGUGACUGCAGGUGUUGUGCUGGCUCCAGCUAUAGUGACUGCGGGUGUUGUGCUGGCUCCAGCUGUAGUGACUGCGGGUGUUGUGCUGGCUCCAGCUGUAGUGAUUGCGGGUGAUGUGCUGGCUCCAGCUGUAGUGGCUGCAGGUGAUGUGCUGGCUCCAGCUGUAGUGGCUGCAGGUGAUGUGCUGGCUCCAGCUGUAGUGACUGCAGGUGUUGUGCUGGCUCCAGCUGUAGUGACUGCGGGUGUUGUGCUGGCUCCAGCUGUAGUGACUGCUGGUGUUGUAUUGGCUCCAGCUGUAGUGACUGCAGGUGUUGUGCUGGCUCCAGCUGUAGUGACUGCGGGUGUUGUACUGGCACCAGCUGUAGUGACUGCAGGUGUUGUGCUGGCUCCAGCUGUAGUGACUGCGGGUGUUGUGCUGGCUCCAGCUGUUGUGACUGCAGGUGAUGUGCUGGCUCCAGCUGUAGUGGUGACUGCGGGUGUUGUGCUGGCUUCCGCUGUAGUGACUGCGGGUGUUGUGCUGGCUCCAGCUGUAGUGACUGCAGGUGUUGUACUGGCUCCAGCUGUAGUGACUGCAGGUGUUGUGCUGGCUCCAGCUGUAGUGACUGCGGGCGAUGUACUGGCUCCAGCUGUAGUGACUGCGGGCGAUGUACUGGAUCCAGCUGUAGUGACUGCGGGUGUUGUGCUGGCUCCAGCUGUAGUGACUGCGGGUGUUGUACUGGCUCCAGCUGUAGUAGUGACUGCAGGUGAUGUGCUCGUUGUAACCAUUGCUGUAGUUGUCGGCACUGUGCUACUUGAUGGCUCAGUGGUUGUUGUAUUUAGCUGUAUCGUAUCACCUAGAGAAAAUUGUUAG